AUGGGAAGGGAGAUCAUCUCGUUGCAUUUGGGGCAGGCCGGCGUGCAAGUCGGUAACGCUUGCUGGGAGCUGUACUGCCUCGAGCAUGGCAUCCAGAGCGACGGCACCCUGCUGCCCGGGCGUACGGAGAGCAAGGCCGGCCUCAGCACCUUCUUCGAUGAGACUAGCUCUGGCAAGUAUGUGCCGCGCGCAGUGCACUUCGACUUGGAGCCGUCGGUGAUAGACCAGAUCAGGAGCGGAUCGAUGGCCAAGCUGUACCAUCCCGACCAGCUGCUCAACACCUACGAGGAUGCGGCGAACAACUACGCUCGCGGCCACUACACGGUCGGUAAGGAGCAUGUCGAGAUGGUUAGCGAGCGCGUACGCAAGCUCGCGGAGCAGUGCGAUGGCCUUCAGGGCUUCUUCCUGUUCCAUUCCGUUGGCGGCGGUACCGGUUCUGGCUUCGGCUCGCUUCUGCUCGAGAGGCUCUCCGUCGACUUCCAUAAGAAGAGCAAGCUCGACUUCUGCGUGUUUCCAUCGCCUCAGGUCAGCACCAGCGUAGUUGAGCCCUACAACGCCGUCCUCUCGACUCAUUCGCUUCUCGAGCACACCGACGUGGCCUUCAUGCUGGACAAUGAGGCGAUCUAUGACAUCUGCAAGACCAGGCUCAACGUAGAGCGUCCGACCUACAGCAACCUCAACAGGUUGAUCGCCCAAGUCAUCUCCUCGCUCACGGCCUCCCUUCGCUUCGAGGGCGCUCUCAACAUCGACAUCAACGAGUUCCAGGUCAACUUGGUUCCCUAUCCGCGUAUCCACUUCCUCCUGUGCUCGUACGCACCGAUCAUCGGCGCCGCCAAGGUCGACCGUGAGAGGCUCUCCGUCGCGGAGCUCACCAGCGCAGCUUUUGACCCCUCUUCCAUGAUGGCGAAAUGUGACCCGCGUCACGGCAAGUAUAUUGCCGUGUGCAUGAUGUACCGCGGUGACAUCGUGCCCAAGGACGUUCAGGCCUCCAUCGCCAAGAUCAAGACUUCCAAGACGGUCCAGUUCGUGGACUGGUGCCCGACGGGCUUCAAGUGCGGCGUGAACAAGGAGCCGCCCACGGCCGUGCCCGGCGGCGACCUUGCCAAGGUGCCCCGCGCGUGCUGCAUGCUCUCGAACAGCACCGCCAUCGCCGAAGUCUUCUCGCGCAUCGACCACAAGUUCGACCUCAUGUUCGCCAAGCGCGCCUUCGUCCACUGGUACGUCGGCGAGGGCAUGGAGGAGGGCGAGUUCAGCGAGGCGCGCGAGGACAUCGCCGCCCUCGAGAAGGACUACGAGGAGCUGGGUCUCGACACCGUCGACGAUUCCAUGGCGAACAUGACAGACCUCUCCGACGAGUCUUCCGUGGUCGGCUCUGAGAUCUAA